AUGGGGUCGGUCGGAGCAGCGGCGGCAAGCGGCGUGGUACAAGAAUUGGGCGUCACCGUUGCCGACGGCGGUGCUACGAACCAAAGGGCGAGGGGACCGACGAACUUGGUACACAAGGGCAUGUUGUUCGAGGCCCUCCUGGAGAAGGUGAGGGAUUCGCACCGGCUCGGCUAUAGAGGGGCGAAAUUCACGUGGAAGACAAGAGCGGUGGACUGCAUUACCGAGCAAAAACCCCUGUUCGAUUCCGUCCGCAAGAAGUGGCUGCAGCUGCCUCAAGAGUCGAGGAUCAAGUACAGGUGCGCCAACUACCUGGACACCCCCUUCCCGACGGAGUCCACCGCUCGGCAAGCCCAGCAGGAGGCGAGGGGAAAUGAUACAGCAAUCAUGGAGUCACUCCAAGACCAGGCGCAAAGCCAGGGGGAGCGCAACGUUGAGGAUGUGGAGAGGGCGGAAAAGCACCUGGAGGUAGCCCGCCAGAAGAAGGAUAUCCUGGAAGCGCAAGCACGGGAUUCUGCAGCCAGAGAGAAGGCUAGGGACGCGAAGACGGAGCAUUAUCGGCAACAGAGGUUGGUUGCUGAAGCCGACCGUGCGAAGAAGCAAGAUGCGCAGCACGAGGAUUUGCUGGACUUCAUGUCGUCCACGUUCCGGACUCCUGUAGGAGGCGUUUUCAUCCAAUGGGACUCUUAUGAAAAAUUUUGGGAGUGUCUGCCCGAUAUAUCCCAGACGCGGCGAAGAGUCUCGUGACCGACGCGCUGCCCACCUUUGACGGAGCUGGUGGACUUGGCCAAAGAUAAAAAAUUCGCGGCUACCUUGAAGGAAGCAGGAGUGGGGACGAUUCCCGCCACCCGGAUUGCCAACUUUAUCCAAAGGACUAUCUAUGAAAGCAGGUUGUUUUCUGUCCUUUCUCAAACAUGUGGCACCUGCUUGCGUUUUUGGCGGUAGCGUAGUGUUGCUUGAGUUACGGGGUGUGGUGAUGGCUUUCAGGGACGGGGAUAAGAAGUUCGCGGUUUUGGGUGGGGAGUAUGGGGACCGGGCUGUUUCUCGAACCCAGCAUGAGGUGGCUCUCGCGUAGUACUUGGAAUGCUUGCGCGGUUUACACGGUUUCUCGGCAUGUAUCAACACGCGUACGUAUAAAUUAUUGUGACGGGGGUUGGGGGGUUACGGGAACGGAGAGAGGGGACUACAUUGUGAUUUUUUUUUCAAUUACGUGUCACAUUUUCUAGCGAGGCAGCUGUUGAAAUACAACGAUCCUCAUAGAAGGGGUAGUUCGACUUGGAGGAGGUGGCCUCGAUAGCAGGAGAGUUUUUCAUGUCGAUACUUGCCAAAAUGUUGUGUCCACGUAAACUGUGAUCGCGUGUUCGAUACCCCCGGCCCCAUAGCACGAACGUAUGAAGCACAUUUUGGGGAGUUGUAAGCUUGUGACAUAGACUGCUUCGGCAGGCGACUUCGGCAAUCCGUCUCAACAUGCGUGGUUCGUGCUUUGUUGCGAAGUUUGCAUUACUGCAAAGGUGCGUUACUCCGAAGGCUUUGUUUCGGUCGCGGUACUUUUACAAGGCAAUAAGGA